GACCACUUCUCACUUACACUUUCAGUCAGUCAGUGUCAAGACAACAUGGAGGUCAGAGCUUUCUGCAUUGUACUGUUGACUGUGAUGAUCCUGCUGGUUGCACAGUAUCAGGAAGUUGAUGCAGCUUUUCUUCGUGUCUUUCCAAACAGACCGCAGUUCUUUGAAUAUGAGUCGGUCACUUUGUACUGUGAUGGAGUCUUUUACUGUGAUGUUGAACAUAAAUCAAUUAGGGAGACACCUUCGUGUUGCACCACUAAUGGCAGAACAUCAAGAGGACCUACCUGCACCAUUAAACGUGUUUAUCAAGUUGACUCUGGAAAGUACUGGUGUGAGGAAGGAGGAGAGAGGAGUAACAUCAUCAACAUCAAUGUCACUUAUGGUUCUGUGAUCCUGGAGAGUCCUGCUCUUUCUGUGAUGGAGAGGGAAGACGUGACUCUGAGCUGCAGUGCAAAAAAGUCUUCUUCCAUCAUCCAAGCAGAUUUCUAUAAAGAUGGAGUCCACAAGUGGAGAAGCACCACAGGAAAUCUGAGCCUCAAAACAGUCUCCAUGUCUGAUCAAGGAUUCUACAAAUGUAACAUCUCUGGAGUUGGAGAAUCACCACUGAGCUGGCUGUCUGUUAGAGAAGCUCACAAAGACUCUAAUACUGGCUCCACAAGUACACCAUGGAUCGUCAGCACCGUCUUGUUGAUGCUUGUCUUGUUGGUCGUGGGACUACUUCAAUUUGUCAGAUUUUCUUGUGUCAGAGGUGAAGAACAUCGCAUGAACAUUGCUCAAUUUUGUUUUGCGGCAACGCAAUUCUUCCACGUGUCUAAAAGACAUGAUGUUUGUUCACAGUCGAUGGCAGGGCCUGAUUCAGAGCAUCAGACAGUCUCUGUACAGGCCAGUGCACCUGCGGCAAGCCAACCAAUGUAUGCUACUGUAACAAAGAACAGAAAAAUGAAUGCAGCAGAGUCCAGUGUUCCCUCAUCGACCCCUGUCGACAAUGAUGCCUACUAUUCUACAAUUCAGUUUGUUGGUAAGCACUGACUGAAAGGAGGACCUCCAUGAUCUACAUCAACAGCCAGAAUUGUUGUUAUUGUACAAGCUAAAAAAGAGA